AUGGCAUUGCAAGAGAAAUCCGCCGUCAAAGUCGUCUUCGGUGCAAUGACCUUUGGUCGAGAAGGCACCGAACAAACUCGCGUUCAUACUCUCGAAGACUGUUCUGCAAUCCUCGACAUUUUCCAAGCUCAUGGCCACAAUGAAAUCGAUACAGCACGCUUCUAUGGCGAAGGCACUUCUGAAUCCUUCCUUGGAAAUCUCGACUGGCAGAAAAGAGGAAUCGUUAUGGACACGAAAUACUAUCCCACGGCUGGCAGGCAAUUGCCGAAGAGCAAUGCUCCAGAAGAAGGCUGGCGUCAUACCCCCGAACAUCUGAGGCAAAAUCUGAUGGACAGUCUGAAGGCUCUCAAGACUGACAACGUCGAUAUGUGGUACCUUCAUGGCCCGGAUCGCACCACACCGGACACCCAAGACAAGUUCAUCGAGACAGGGUCAAGAUUUGACCCUUCCCGGUGGCAGGGAAAGAUGUAUCGGAUGAGAUACUGGAAUGAUGCAUAUUUCGAUGCGCUGGAUAUCCUGCGACCCGUGGCAAAGAAGCACGGCUUGACGGAAGCCGAGUGUGCGCUGCGGUGGAUGACACAUCAUUCGUUGUUGAAGAGAGAGUAUGGCGAUGGAAUCAUCAUUGGAGCCAGUAGCACCAAGCAUAUGGAGGAAAAUAUGAAGCUGUUGGAUGAUCCCAAUCCUCUACCAGAUGAGGUUGUCCAGGCGCUGGACGCAGGCUGGGAGAAAGUCAAGGGAAUAAGUGGGAAGUACUGGCAUUGA